CCCCACCCCUGCCCCCACCCCCCCUCCUCAGCUCUUGUAUCACUGAGAGUCUGGCAGCCAGUUCCACCCUGACAGAGUUCACAGCAUAUAUUAGUGGAUUCUUGUUCGCAGUGCGUCUGUUUAAGGAAUUAACGGAAACAGUGUCAAGAGAGUAAGGAUUCAAAGCACUUGCUGGAAAUGAGCCUCCGCGCGUUUGUUUUUGUCUUAUCAUUUGUCUCUUGUAGUGCUGGUGGCCAAUACUAUGAUUACGAGGCCGCCCCUCUCUUCCUGUAUUCGCAGCUGUCACUCAACUGUGCGCCAGAGUGUGACUGUCCGCACAACUACCCAACCGCCAUGUACUGCGAUGACCUGAAGUUGAAAAGCGUGCCCAUGGUGCCUCCCGGCAUCAAGUACCUUUACCUGAGGAAUAACCAGAUCGACCAUAUCGACGAGAAGGCCUUUGAGAACGUAACCGAUCUGCAGUGGCUCAUUCUAGACUACAACCUUCUAGAAAACUCCAAGAUAAAGGGGAAAGUUUUCUCGAAGCUGAAACAACUGAAGAAACUGCAUAUCAACUUCAACAACCUGACAGAGUCCGUCGGCCCGUUGCCAAAGUCCCUGCAAGACCUGCAGCUCUCUCAUAAUAAAAUCACCAAGCUAGGCUCCUUCGAAGGCUUGGCAAACCUGACCUUUGUUUCCCUCCAGCACAACCAGCUCAAAGAGGAUGCUGUGGCGGCUUCUCUGAAAGGUCUUAAGUCGCUAGAGUACCUCGACUUGAGCUUCAAUCAGAUGAGCAAGCUGCCUUCUGAACUCCCAACAACACUUCUAACUCUCUAUUUAGACAGUAACAAGAUCAGCGACAUCCCGGAUGAGUAUUUUAAGCGCUUCACUGGGUUGCAGUACCUACGUUUAUCUCACAACGAACUGGCUGACAGUGGAGUACCCGGGAAUUCAUUUAAUCUAUCGACCCUGCUGGAGCUGGAUCUCUCCUAUAAUAAGCUUAAAAGCAUACCGACUGUCAGUGAAAACCUUGAAAACUAUUACCUGGAAGUCAAUGAACUUGAAAAAUUUGAUGUGAAGAGCUUCUGUAAAAUCCUGGGACCACUAUCUUACUCCAAGAUCAAGCAUCUGCGUCUGGACGGCAAUCCUCUCUCCAAAAGCAGCCUGCCGCAUGAGAUGUAUGAAUGUCUACGUGUAGCGAAUGAAAUCACUGUUAACUAACAUCUUCUCAUCCUUAUACUGUGAAGUGUGUUCUGGAGCAGUACUUCAUGGCUAGGUAUU